UCGUCCGUGGCGUUCCCUUAAUUCGUCGUCUUUACGGUUUUGCGCUAAUUUUUGUUUAAUACCGUUUAUAUUUAUCAAGAGCUCUUUCUGUUUGCCAAAAAAGAUGCGGGUUUUUUUGAGGGCGGUGGAUUUGUGUAACUUCGUGCUAUUCGCGCUGUUUUCGUUGUUGCCUCAGUUCGUUCACACCUGCGGUGACACCCAGUUGUUCAGGAACUUUGUGAUCAGUGUCUAGUUGCUUGACUGCGCAUCUGGAGAUCCCUUCUGUGGCGCCAUUGAUGGAGUUCCGCUUGGACAGCGCGGAGUACUGCCAGGCUCAACACAAAUAAACGAGUGGCGCAGACGCAGGCGCGGACCCAUGCCGGCAGCGCGGGCUGACUUGAACGUCGCGCCUAUUUACACCCACCCACAGUUACCUUAAAUUCGGAACCCGUUAAUUGGAGCAUAUCAAGUUGCCGAAGUCGAGUGAACGACAACAAACUUAUGUUUUUCGCAUAAUUUUCUGUUUCAUUCCACAUUCAGAACUUUUGUUUGGCCGUCUCCGUAUGUGCUCAAGUGGUUGAAAACGAGAUCCAUGCGGGUGCUUCAAAUGAUAUAAUUGGACCCUUUCUAAACUAAAUUAACGAAACUGCCGUGUGUUGUGUGGAAAUAGAGUGACAAUUUGUCUGUUAGACUCUGACGGCCGCGUGUGAAAGUGAGGCCAUCUGUAGUAAUAGUGCGCGAGUAGCGGUCGAGUUGUUAUCGAGUCGUAAGUGAGAAGCAACCGUGGUCAUCAUGAAGCAGAAGGACAUCAGGCCGGCGCCGUCGCUCAUCGAGUACAAGAACAUGCGGUUCCUGAUCACCGACAGGCCAUCGGACGUCACCAUCCAGUCCUAUCUCCAGGAGCUGCGCAAGCACAAUGUGUGCACGGUGGUGCGCGUGUGCGAGCCCAGCUAUGACAUGGCGCCGCUGAAGGCCGAGGGCAUCGAGGUGCGCGACUUAGCCUACGACGACGGCACCUUCCCGCCCACCAACGUCGUCGACGAGUGGUUCGAGAUUCUGCGCGACAAGGCCCAGAACAAGCCAGAGGCGGCAGUGGCGGUACACUGCGUGGCGGGGCUGGGACGAGCGCCCGUCAUGGUGGCCAUCGCGCUCAUCGAGCUCGGCAUGAAGUACGAGGAGGCUGUGGAGACCAUCAGAGAUCAGCGUCGGGGCGCCAUCAACGCCAAACAGCUGUCGUACUUGGAGAAGUACCGGCCAAAGUCGCGGCUGAAGAAGAACGGCCACAAGAACUCGUGUUGCGUGCAAUAACCGGGCGCAGGCCACUGUAGGAGCCGUCGACCCGUCCGCGCUCGUAACAGCGAAUCUAGCUCUGCUUUCACACACACACCGACACAAGGCAGCAAACACAAACGACUAGUAUAUAAUGUAGCAAGUCGCCUUUUUUCGACGACCGCCUUUUCCUUUGAGGUUGUAAUUAUAACCGAAUUCCAAAUUUGUUUUAAAAUACGACCCGCUUGGUAUCACAUUCCCGUUUCGUUACACUCGAGCCACAGAAUUUGGUUAUGAUCUCAGUUCCUCUAAAAUCUUCGACAAUUUAUCACGGGUUUUCUAAGAAAUUUAAAAUUGAGAGCCUUAUUGUAAGCUAAAUAAUGUUUGUACGUUCAAAGUAAAGGUGUAUUACCCUUGUGCUGUACUGUGUAUUAGUGGAAUAUGUUAAUAGAAGCGAGCCACAAUUUGUGUUCAUAGUUGAAACAGUUACUCGGGUAUUUGUAAACUUAAAAUCAUAAUAAAUUUCAAUAUCCAUAAUAAAGCAAUGCAGUCAACGUCGAACUUAAUUAUUAGAUUUGUUUCAAUGUAUUUUAUUCUUUUGUGUGGUGAAAUCAUAAUUAUAUUUUCUUCUAAAUGUUAUUUCAUAUUUCCUUUCUAGUGACAUCAUAGACAAGCGAUGUUUUAUGUUUCGUGAGACUAUUUGAUAACCUCUAUGACAAUUGUGUAUUACGUGCUUUUUGUAAACGAAACUAUUGUGAGGACUUGAUGUCCGACGUCUUUUGUGUAGGUAUUCUAAAUUACAAUAUUUGACUAUAAAAUAAGUUGUAUUGAACUAUAACGAUAGACGCCCAACACGUUACGACUCACUAAUGUUCCAAGAAAAAAUAGCUCUUUGAUAUUAUUUUUCUAUUUCUAAUUUUAUGAAGAUUAUCGGAAUAUAAUGAUCGUGUAACUACAACAGACACACAUUCAUAAAUAAAGAUAUUUAUAAGCAAUA